CGCAACGAUCUGAGAAAACAAGUAAUCGACAUCAAAAUGAGUGUUGCACAAGUUUCCCUCCCCCUCCCAAUCCUUCCAUCCGGAUGGGCUGCGGACAAGGACUUCAAGGCUGUCGGCACUGUCUCCCGUGCUGUCGACCGCAGCAUUGAGCCUGUCGGCCCACACUUUCUGGCCCACGCCCGUCGUGCCCGUCACAAGCGCACCUUCUCUGAGGAUGAUCGCAUCCAGGCCCAGAACAUUGUGAAGAAGGUUGAGGAUGAUGAUGCUGGUGAGAUCAGUGAGCCUGAGGACCCAUCCAUGCUCCUCCGUGAUGCCAAGGACUGGAAGCAACAAGAUCACUACGCUGUUCUUGGUCUUUCCAAGUACCGCUACAAGGCUUCUGAGGACCAGAUCAAGCGCGCCCACCGCAAGAAGGUUCUCCGCCAUCACCCAGAUAAGAAGGCUGCCGCUGGCUCCACCGAGGAUGACAGCUUCUUCAAGUGCAUCCAGAAGGCCACCGAGGUCCUCCUCGACCCCACCAAGCGCCGCCAGUUCGACUCCGUCGAUGAGCGCGCCGAUGUCGAGCCCCCGAGCAAGAAGAAGUCCCAAGCCGGCAACUUCUACAAGCUCUGGAGCCCCGUCUUCAAGGCCGAGGGCCGCUUCUCCAAGACCCAGCCCGUCCCAAGGCUCGGCGACGAGAACUCCACCAAGGAGGAGGUCGAGACCUUCUACAACUUCUGGUACAGCUUCGACUCGUGGCGCUCGUUCGAGUACCAAGACGAGGAUGUGCCUGAUGACAACGAGAACCGCGACCAGAAGCGCCACAUGGAGCGCAAGAACAACAACGCUCGCAAGAAGAAGAAGGUCGAGGAUAACGCACGCCUGCGCAAGCUGCUAGAUGAGGCAUCUGCGAUGGACGAGCGCAUCAAGAAGUUCCGCAACGAGGCCAACGCCACCAAGAACAAGAAGAAGAUCGAGCGCGAGGCUGCCGAGAAGAAGGCCGCUGAGGAGGCCAAGGCACAGAAGGAAGCUGAGGCCGCGGCUUCACUGAAGGCUGAGGAGGCUGCCAAGGCCGAGCGCGAGCAGGGCAAGAAGGCUAAGGAGGCCGCGAAGAACGCUGUUAAGAAGAACAAGCGUGUCCUCAAGGGCUCGGUCAAGGAUGCCAACUACUUCGUCUCUGGCGAUGCUCCGGCCUCUGCUAUUGACGGUGUGCUCAACGACGUUGACCUCAUCCAGGGCAAGAUCGAUGCUGAUGAGAUUGCGGCUCUUGCUGGCAAGCUCAACGGCCUUAAGGUCGCUGACGAGAUCAAGAGCGUCUGGUCUGAGGAGGUUAAGAGGCUCGUUGCAGCUGGCAAGCUCAAGGAUGGAGAGGCCAAGACUCUUGCUUAGAGGUCAUAAUGCUCUGGUACUUGCACUGCUGCUGCUUGCACUGGUUUUACUGGCUUAGCGAAUGCCGGAAGUUACUGGAUAAAACAAUGGUCACGUUGUGAAGAUGAUACGAUAUCAGAUGAGGGGAUGACUUUAGAUUAGAUUGUGUAGAUGGAUGUUUCUGUAUACAUUUCCUAACAAUAGAGCCUCUUCAGUUAUAUAUUUUUGUCUAUAUUAGAGCCCGGUGGAUGACCCUCGUACGGUUGGUUAAAGGCGAACGGGUGGGUAUCUUUCGUCUAUCCGCUUUGCUUAGUCUUACAUCUAUUUACAAAUAUUCCGCCUUCUCCGGUCUUAGACUUUCUACCUAGACUCCAAAUAUCUUCACGCCUUAGAUCCUCAGCCCGUACCUCCCUACUUGUCACCAAACCCUAUUGGUCUCUUAAACCCAUACCUCCUCACUGCAUUUCCCCUCAUUUUCGCCCACCUCUCUUCCAGCUUUUCCAGCUUCGACGGCCACUCCACCCCCGCCGCGACCAUGGACCCCACAUUAAUAACAUGAAAAUCGUCAUAAUAUUGCCCAAUAACCUGCAUGCCCACGAACCCCACGUUGCCCUUCUCCCUCGCCUCCUCCGCGAUCGGCACCGGCACCGAUAUCGCCGGCAGGCCCGCCAGCGACGCGGGGACUGUGAACACAUCGUUGGUGUAGCCCGCGAGCGAGCCCUGGGACCUCACGUCUUUUAUUAACGGCGGCAGCGUCGGCGCCGUCGGGACGACUAGCACGUCGACCUGCGCGGGGCCGAGCUUGCUGUCCAUUUCCGUCAUCUCGGGCAUGUCGGCGAGAUCGAAUUGCUUUUCUGGGUGCAGGGGAUUUGCCACAGCGAAGACGCGGUCGAAGUCGCGCUGGACGAGGCGGCGGACGCGCUGGGCUUGCACGAAGAAGUUGUCCAUGGCGGAGGCGCUGAGGGAGUAAGUGCCGAGGAGGAUGCGGCGGCGGACUUCGUCGCCGAAGCCUGCGCC